AUGGUGCACUCGAGCCGCGUGCAGCCGCAGCAGCCCGGGGACGCCAAGCGGCCGCCGGCGCCCCGAGCGCCGGGCCCGGGCCGGCUGAUGGCCGGCGGCGCGGCUGCGGGCGCCGGCCUCGCCUCCACGGGCGGCCUCCGCGAACCGAGGGGCCUGGAGAUCGAGAUGGAGCGCAUCCGGCAGGCGGCCGCGCGGGAUCCCCCGGCCGGAGCCUCGGCCUCCCCUUCGCCUCCGCUCUCGUGCUCCAGGCAGGCGUGGAGCCGCGAUAACCCGGGCUUCGAGGCCGAGGAGGAAGAGGAGGAGGAGGUGGAAGGGGAAGAAGGGGGAAUGGUGGUGGAGAUGGACGUGGAGUGGCGCCCGGGCAGCCGGAGGUCGGCAGCCUCCUCGGCCGUGAGCUCCGCCGGCGCCCGGGGCCGGGGGCUGGGAGGCUACCACGGCGCGGGCCACCCGAGCGGUCGGCGGCGCCGGCGAGAGGACCAGGGCCCGCCGUGCCCCAGCCCGGCCGGCGGCGGGGACCCGCUGCAUCGCCACCUCCCCCUGGACGGGCAGCCGCCCCGAGUGGCCUGGGCCGUGAGGCUGGUUCGCGGGCUGCGAGGUCUCUGGGGAACAAGACUCAUGGAGGAAAGCAACACUAACCGGGAGAAAUACCUUAAAAGUGUUUUACGAGAACUGGUCACAUACCUCCUUUUUCUCAUAGUGUUGUGCAUCUUGACCUACGGCAUGAUGAGCUCCAAUGUGUACUACUAUACCCGGAUAAUGUCACAGCUCUUCCUAGACACCCCAGUGUCCAAAAUGGAGAAAACUAACUUUAAAACUCUUUCUUCAAUGGAAGACUUCUGGAAGUUCACAGAAGGCUCCUUGCUGGAUGGACUGUACUGGAAGAUGCAGUCCAGCAACCGAACCGAGGCUGACAACCGGAGUUUCAUUUUCUACGAGAACCUGCUGUUGGGGAUUCCACGUAUACGGCAACUCAGAGUCAGAAAUGGAUCCUGUUCUAUCCCCCAGGACUUGAGAGAUGAAAUUAAAGAGUGCUAUGAUGUUUACUCCGUCAGUAGUGAAGACAGGGCUCCAUUCGGGCCGCGAAACGGAACUGCUUGGAUCUACACAAGUGAAAAAGACUUGAAUGGGAGUAGCCACUGGGGAAUAAUUGCAACCUAUAGUGGAGCUGGCUAUUACCUGGAUUUGUCAAGAACAAGAGAGGAAACAGCUGCCCAGGUCGCUAGCCUCAAGAAAAAUGUCUGGCUGGACCGAGGAACCAGGGCAACUUUUAUUGACUUUUCAGUGUACAAUGCCAACAUUAACCUGUUCUGUGUGGUCAGGUUAUUGGUUGAAUUCCCAGCAACGGGCGGUGUGAUUCCAUCUUGGCAGUUUCAGCCUGUAAAGCUGAUCCGAUAUGUCACAACUUUUGAUUUCUUCUUGGCAGCCUGUGAGAUUAUCUUUUGUUUCUUUAUCCUUUACUAUGUGGUGGAAGAGAUAUUGGAAAUUCGCAUUCACAAACUACGCUAUUUCAGGAGUUUCUGGAAUUGUCUGGAUGUUGUGAUCAUUGUGCUAUCUGUUGUAGCUAUCGGGAUUAACAUAUACAGAACAACAAAUGUGGAUGUACUACUACAGUUUCUAGAAGAUCAAAAUACUUUCCCCAACUUUGAGCAUCUGGCAUACUGGCAAAUACAGUUCAACAAUAUAGCUGCUGUUACAGUAUUUUUUGUCUGGAUUAAGCUCUUCAAAUUCAUCAACUUUAACAGGACCAUGAGCCAGCUGUCCACAACCAUGUCUCGGUGUGCCAAAGACCUCUUUGGCUUUGCUAUUAUGUUCUUCAUUAUUUUCUUAGCAUAUGCUCAGUUGGCAUACCUUGUCUUUGGCACUCAGGUUGAUGACUUCAGUACCUUCCAAGAGUGUAUCUUCACUCAAUUCCGUAUCAUUUUGGGCGAUAUCAACUUUGCAGAGAUUGAGGAAGCUAAUCGAGUUUUGGGACCAAUUUAUUUCACUACCUUUGUGUUCUUUAUGUUCUUCAUUCUUUUGAAUAUGUUUUUGGCCAUCAUCAAUGACACUUACUCUGAAGUGAAAUCUGAUUUGGCACAGCAGAAAGCUGAAAUGGAACUCUCAGAUCUUAUCAGAAAGGGCUGCCAUAAAGCCUUGGUCAAACUAAAACUGAAAAAAAAUACCGUGGAUGACAUUUCAGAGAGUCUGCGGCAAGCUGGGGGCAAGUUAAACUUUGACGAGCUUCGACAAGAUCUCAAAGGGAAGGGCCAUACUGAUGCAGAGAUUGAAGCAAUAUUCACAAAGUAUGACCAAGAUGGAGACCAAGAACUGACCGAACAUGAACAUCAGCAGAUGAGAGAUGACUUGGAAAAAGAGAGGGAGGACCUGGACUUGGAUCACAGCUCUUUACCACGUCCCAUGAGCAGUCGAAGUUUCCCACGAAGCCUGGAUGACUCUGAGGAGGAUGAUGAUGAAGACAGUGGACAUAGCUCCAGAAGGAGAGGAAGCAUCUCCAGUGGGGUUUCUUACGAAGAGUUUCAAGUCCUGGUGAGACGAGUGGACCGAAUGGAGCACUCCAUCGGCAGCAUUGUGUCCAAGAUUGACGCUGUGAUUGUGAAACUGGAGAUCAUGGAGCAGGCCAAACUCAAGAGAAGGGAGGUGCUGGGAAGGCUGCUGGACGGAGUGGCUGAGGAUGAAAGACUGGGUCGGGACAGUGAAAUCCACAGGGAACAGAUGGAACGGCUAGUGCGGGAAGAGUUGGAACGCUGGGAAUCCGAUGAUGCAGCUUCCCAGAUAAGUCACGGUUUAGGCACGCCGGUGGGACUCAGUGGUCAACCUCGCCCCAGAAGCUCCCGCCCUCCUUCUUCCCAGUCUACAGAAGGCAUGGAAGGUGGAGGUGGAAAUGGGAGUUCUAAUAACCACGUGUAGUAUGUGUUAGUAAUAUGGGUGUUCCUAAUAGCGAGAAGGUGGCUGUCCUGAAUUGCCAUAACAAGUGCACUAUUUAUAUGCCAUGACCAUCAUAUGAUACUGGUCUUUGUGACCAAUUGUUAAUCUUCCGCACUUUAAUUUAUUUUAUAUAAAUUUUACUCAUGGAUCAAAGAAGACUUUUUUUUUCUUUUUCUCAUAUAAGAAAUCUAGAUGUAAAUAUUGAGUACAGAAAAAAAAAAACUAUGUAAGUAUAUUGAGUGGUAAGCUCAAUUGCUGCCAUGACUGAGUCUUCUCAGUUGACAGUGAAGUAGCCUUUUAAAGCUAGAAGAGAGAUGGCCAGUUAGUUCAGUUGGUUAGAGCAUGGUGCUGAUAACACCAAGGUCCAGGGUUCAAUCUCUGUACUGUCCAGCCACCAAAAAAAAAAAAAAAAAACAGUGCUAGGAGAGAGGGGCUGGCAGGUUAGCUCAGUUGAUUAGAGUGUGGUGCUGAUAACACUGAGGUCCAGGGUUUGAUCCCUGUACUGGCCAGCCACACACACAAAAAAUGCUAGAAGAGACCUGUCAGAGGACUUCUGAGUUUCAUUUUAAAUCACAAAAAAAUCAGGAUUGUCAUUUUUACCAAGUGUGUGAAGGGAAAGUAGGGCAUUUCUUUUCACUCUGGUGUAGCUCAUGAGCUUGAUACACAACUUUCUUUAAAGAAAGGAGUCUUUUAUUUCAACUACCUUCUUGGAGUAAACUUUUCUGAAAAUUGAACUGGAAAAGAACUCCAAACCAUAGAAUGGGUAUGUAGUCAUUAUGCUAGACUUUGUAUGAAUGGUUAAGAUAAAUAAUAAAUACUGUGCUUUUUUAUUAUUUUAUCAUAUCUAAUGUCUGCGGGACUAACUGUAUCCCUUAAUUUUUACAUUAUUUUGGAUCUCAUGUGAAAUAAGCUGAUCGAAAUGACCAAAGAUCAAUUAUAGGAUAAAACGGCAUCUCUAACCAUGACAUAGGAGAAUUGAAAAGAGUUCUAAGUUGUCACUAAGUUUGACUUUUUCUAAUAAUUAGUUUAGUAUAUUCAUAUAAUCUCUUUCCUGUGGGGCUCAACUCAUUUGCAACUGAAUUUACUGUUAUAACUAAUCUAGUAAUACCAAUUUACGAAAUUUUUUAGUAUGCACUGAAAAUUUUAACUCAG